AUGCUGAGCGGCGUCCUCUUGCUGAGCGUCCUCACGGUCACCAGCCUGUCACCGUCCGAAACGGAGAGCCGCAAAACUUCAGCCUCCAAGGAUAUCUGCAAGACCCGCUGCGCCUGCGAGGAGCGGGAGAACAUACUGAACAUCAACUGUGAGAAUAAAGGGUUUACCGCCGUCAGCCAGUUCCAGGCGCCCCCUAAUAAAAUCUCCCAGCUUUUUCUAAAUGGAAACUUCCUGUCACGGCUCAGCGCCAAUGAGUUUGUCAAUUAUGGCAAUGUCACAUCACUGCAUCUGGGGAAUAACGGCUUGCAGGAGAUCCGAAGCGGCGCUUUCAACGGUCUUCGCUUCCUGAAGCGGCUCCACUUGAACAACAACAACCUGGAGGUAAUUAAGGAGGACACCUUUGCAGGACUGGAGAGUUUGGAGUAUUUGCAGGCAGACUAUAACUACAUCAGCGCCAUAGAGCCGGGUGCUUUCAGUAAGCUGAAUAAACUCAAAGUGUUGAUCCUCAAUGAUAACCUGCUUUUAUCUUUACCCCCUAACAUUUUCCGCUUUGUGCUCCUCACCCACUUGGAUUUACGCGGCAACCGGCUGAAGAUGCUGCCGUUCGCUGGGGUCCUGGAGCACAUAGGCGGCAUCAUGGAGAUCCAGCUGGAAGAGAACCCGUGGAACUGCACCUGUGAUCUGAUUCCUCUCAAAUCCUGGUUAGACACGAUCUCUGUCUUCGUCGGGGACAUAGUGUGCGAGACGCCGUUCCGGCUGCACGGGAAAGACAUCACCCAGCUCAUAAAGCAAGAUCUGUGCCCGCGCAGGAAUGCUGGCGAGCGUGUUCACCCCCCCUCUGACUCUCACUUUCAAGGAGCCCUGCUCCCGACCUACCAACCCGGCAUGAUUACCCCAACUCGUCCCCCGAAAGCUUCCCGUCCGCCCAAAAUGCGCUACAGGCCCACCCCUCGCAUUACAAAGGACAAACAUGUCUUUGGGCCCAUAAUGGUUUACCAGACGCGCUCGCCGGUGCCCAUGCUGUGUCCCAGCGUUUGCGUGUGCACAUCUCAAAACCCUGACAGCGGACUGAACAUCAACUGCCAGGAGCGGAAGUUGCAUAACAUCAGUGAGCUGAACCCCAAGCCCUCCUUCCCAAAGAAACUCCACCUGACCGGUAACUACUUGCAAGUAAUUUACAGAACUGAUCUGACUGAGUACAGCUCACUGGAGCUGCUCCAUUUAGGAAAUAACAGAAUAGCAGUGAUUCAGGAGGGUGCAUUUGAGAAUCUAACAAACCUCAGACGGCUCUAUCUUAAUGGGAAUUACAUUGAAUCCCUUUCUCAAUCCCUUUUCGCUGGUCUGCAGUCGCUCCAGUAUCUGUAUUUGGAAUAUAACAUCAUCAAGGACAUUUUACCACAAACAUUUAACUCUUUGCAUAACCUACAGCUGCUGUUUCUGAACAACAACCUGUUAAGGUCGCUUCCUGACAAUGUUUUCGGGGGAACCAUGCUGACAAGGCUCAACCUGCGGAAUAAUCAUUUCUCUUACCUUCCAGUUAAAGGUGUCCUAGACCAGCUUUCAGCGUUUAUCCAGAUUGACUUGCAGGAGAACCCCUGGGACUGCAACUGUGACAUCGUGGCACUCAAAAACUGGAUGGAGUUGUCCAGUACCAGCGUGGUGGUUAACGAAAUCACUUGUGAUUCACCCUCUAAACACGCAGGUCGCCUGCUGCGCUCACUUCGCAACGAGGCCAUCUGCCCUGAGCCUAGCGAGAUGCCCCCACCGCAACAUGCCCCCCCUACGAAAACCCCUACAUUAAUAAGCCCUGGCACUGAAGCCACCACCCCUUCUUCUUCUUCUUCUUCUUCUUCUUCUUCUUUUAGCUCUGUAAGCCCCACUGAAUCCAGACUCCACACCCCUGAGUUACACCCCGAGGUCCCGCUUUCAGUCCUGAUUCUUGGGCUUCUUGUUGUUUUCAUCCUUUCUGUCUGCUUUGGCGCAGGCCUCUUUGUUUUUGUUCUGAAACGUCGCAAAGGUGUGGAGCACGUGCCCACGGGUGCCAACAACUUAGAUCUCAACUCUUUCCAAGUGCAAUAUGGUUCCUACACUCCUGAACCGACCCAAGACAAAACCUCUGAAAGCCACGUGUAUAACUAUAUCCCCCCACCUGUGGGCUCCAUGUGUCAAAACCCUAUUUACAUGCAGAAGGAUGGCGAGCAGGUAGCUUAUUACCGCAACCUGAAGGAGCUCAGCUUUGGGCCCCUGGACACAAAGAAGGAUGAUGUCCUCACCCGCAGCCCAGGGGCCUACACCAUCAGCACAGUGGAUUUUAUGGAUAAAUCACCAACAUCAUGUGGUUUGACCACCCCAGAGCCUCCUGAGAUGCUGUAUCAAAACUUAGGGGAGAGGCCCAACAAAGAGCUUCCCACAGCUGCAGGCAUCCCUCCUUUCAAUUACAACUUUUGCACUUUACCUAAGAGACCUUGCAUCGUGCCCCCCUACGAGGCUGCUACAGCCCGACGGCAUGUCACCAACCAGGAACGGUUGAACAAAACUGUGCUGUACGGGACCCCCAGGAAAUACUACGGGGCCGAACACCCUUCCAGAAACAAUGAGCACCCGCUUCUGCUCCCUGGGAAGCUAAAAAAUGAACCAGACUACCUGGAGGUUCUGGAGAAACAGACUGCGAUGAGCCAACUGUAA